AUGUCUACUUCGGAUCAUAUUUCGGAGAAAAAUACCCUCGGCCAGGACAACCAUUCUGAUAAGGAAAACGGCGCUCCAGGUAGUAAUCAUGUCUCCAUGGGCGAUGUGAUAGCAGGUACUGCUGUUCAGGAACUCACUCCUUUUGAACGCAAGGCUGCCUUGAUCAACGCAGAGAUUGACAAGUUCGGCUUCGGGAAAUACCAAAAAUGUAUUUGGUUUCUUUGUGGAUUUGGUUAUUUUGUCGACCUGGCCUGGGCGCAGGGUGUUGGGCUACUGGCUACUGCAAUUUUUCAAGAGAUGGGUGUUCCAGCUGGACAGCAAGGUCUCAUAUUCACUUGUUCCAAUAUUGGUCUAGCAAUCGGCGCUCUCGGAUUUGGGAUCAUCACCGAUAUCAUCGGUCGCAAAUGGGCGUUCAACCUUUCUUGUCUCAUUACCUCUGUUUUUGGAAUGCUUUUGGCUGCAAGCAAGUUUAACUAUGGCGCCAUCUGCGGUAUCUACUUUCUCUGCUGCAUCGGCCUCGGUGGUAACAUCCCCAUCGACGCGACAAUUGCCCUUGAAUUUCUCCCGCAGAAUCGCCGAUAUCUGGUUUUCUUACUUGGAAUGUGGCAACCGAUCGGAGUAGUUGUGGCGUCCGCCAUCGCCUAUGGUACCGCUGCGAAAUAUCGAUGCGACGUGGGUCUUCCCGCGUGCAAUGCCGUCAGCCCCGGCGAGGCAUGUUGCACUGUCUCUAGCAAUAUGGGUUGGAGAUACGAGGUGAUCGUGAUUGGGGCCAUGACAUUCGCUCUAUUUGGCGCGCGAUUCUUCUUCUUCAGAUUUUACGAAUCGCCAAAGUUUCUUGUCGGCAAGGGUCGCGAGCAAGACGCUAUCGAUGUGCUCGACAAGAUUGCCAAAUUUAAUGGGGCCCCGAGGCCCACAUUGACAAUGGAUGACUUCAUGCGGAUUGACCGUGAGACAGGCAUAGAUUCGAACGAACAAACCACCUCCGCGGAUGCAAAGGGUGUUGUUAUGGGCAUGUUCAAGAGCCUCGGGUUCCUUCGCGGGUUAUUCAUGAAGAAGCUCGAGUGUUUUACUUUCAUCCUCCUCGCCCUCGCCUACAUGGGAAAUUAUUGGUCCUUCAAUCUGGCCGGCUACUUUCUUCCCAUUGUUUUGCUAAACAACAAUGUCGACAGCGGUGCAAGCAAUGUGUCUGAAACAUACCGGGAAUAUGUCUACAUUUACCUUCCCGGUGUAAUCGGAGCCGUCCUAGCCUUGUUUUCCGUUCAACUCCCCCUGAUCGGUCGAAAAUGGUCGCUUGUUAUCUCUGCUGCACUCCAGGGCGUCUCAAUGGCGAUGUACACUCAGGUCAAAGACACCCCUGGAUAUGUCGGCCUAAACGCGUUGGAGUACAUCAUGCAAAGUUAUUUCAACGCCGUACUUUACGCCUCGGCGCCAGAAAUGUUCGACACCUCAUAUCGUGCGAGUGCGAGUGGCAUGCUGUCUUGUCUUGGUCGGGUUGCCGGAAUCGUCGCUCCGUUUGCUGGGCAGAAGUAUAUCGCCGAGGGUAGAUCUGGUGUUCUUUGGCUUGGAGCGGGUGGGAUUUGGCUCUCAUCGUUCCUGAUGUGUUUCCUCCCUAUCGAAAUGAGGAACAGACAGAUGUACUAG